AUGUAGCGGGUUAUUCAAAAUGGCGCUGGCUUCUGCAUCACUACUCGAUGCGUUGAGUAGUGGUGAUUUUGAGCUAUCAGAGCAGUUACUGAAGGAAGGAGCAGACCCAAAUGAAGUAUUGCCAGUAGAGGGUGUGGCUCCGAUGCACAUAGCAGCAGGACUUAGUAGUCAUACGACACAUUUACUGCUGGACUAUAAAGGGAACCCCAAUGUCAGGUCUGUAGAGGGUACCACACCAAUGCAUGUUGCUUGCAUAUGGGGGAAGAAGGAUGUCCUAAUUACUCUGCUACAACAUGGUGGUGAUCCUUUUAUUAAAGAUCAGGAUGGGGAGACUGCAUUUGGUAGUGCAGCAAAAUUUAAUCAGCAAAGCUGCCUGGAAGCUCUCAAGUUUCACAUGUCAGAAGACCUCAGCUCAAGUUCAAGUACUUUGAAAGAGUUACUGUCAAAGAAAACAUACUGCAUGGACGUGACUUCACCAGAUCACCCUUAUAUUGACGUAAAAGGCAGGAAGAAUGAUACUUUCGAUGAUUCAUUCCAGACCUGCACCAGUCAUUGUGAUGCAUGUACUUGUAACAAACUGGAUAGUAUUUGUUUGGAACACAAAAAUUCUCCAAGAAGCAACGGUGUCCAAGCAGAUCUUGGACAGGGAGAUCAUGAAAACUGUGUGUACGAGGUAUUCAAAAAUGCAGUGACCUCACCAACACGUGUUUCAGUUAACCCAGUGAAUUUGAGUGAUCUGAUCACUUCAGACGAAAGCUUCUGUGUGGAGAAUGAUGAUAAUCUGCUCAAACAGUUUAGUGCAAUAGACCUCAAAUCUCCAAGGCAGAGGAAAAUAUUCACACCACCUGUUACUCUUCCAUCUUCUUUGCCUGCAAACCUCAGUGAUCUUCUGACAUCAGAUGAAAGCUUCGUUCCUCCAAGCAAGGUCAGUUUUGCAAAAAGUUUGAAUAAUUUAGCCAUGAAAUCCCCAAGUAAAAAAGACUUUGUGAGACAGUGGCAUCAGCAGAAUUUCCCCUUAGCAACAGACUCUGUUUCUUCCACACUUGAACAGUCAGAUGAUACCAUUCCAUAUGAUUCAUAUGAAGAUCUGGACAAAACUCUACCAUACAGUAUAGGUUCAAUAUCGCUUAGCAGCACUGGAGAAUCUACUGUACACUACUGGGAGGAUCCAGUGACCGGUAGCAGACUGAUCGAAAAACAUAUCCUCUCUUCAUUCUGUGGCAGUAGUGGACGUCCAUCUAACAUCAGUAUCUGUAGUUUGUCAACAGUUGAUUCUCAGAGAACGGAGUUGUAUGAUUGGACCUGUUAUUCCAAGUUAUCUUCUGAUUGCAAUGUGUUGACAAACAAUGAAAUCCGGCAAAAGUUGCAGAGCCUUGGUGAUAAUCCAGGACCGGUGAUACCCUCCACCAGGCAAACUUAUCUCACACGGCUGAAACAUCUCGAGACAAAUGUCAAGUGUGGUCAGCUUGGAAUCACAAAGAAGUUACCAGAUUAUCCAUCUGUGCUGAGUGCUGCCAUUGAUGGGAAGUUUGAUCUACAUGGUCUGAGAGAGUUGGCAGAGGAUUUGAUACGAGUGUUUAAUGACAAGAGUCUGUCCAGUACCUGGAGAGAGGGGACUGUUAAAUCAUCCUUCAAUUACCUCCUACUUGACCCUCGGAUCACUCAAGAUUUACCGAACAGGGCAGAUAAUCUAGGUGAAUUAGAGACAUUUCAGAUUUUUGUUGGUGCUAUCUUUUACAUUGGCAAAGGAAAGCGAUCUCGUCCAUAUUGUCAUCUGUUUGAAGCUCUGUCUCAUUUGACGAAACAGCAGAACAAGGUUGGCAGUAAAGUACAACACAUCCUGGACAUCUGGAAUGAUGGACAAGGAGUUGUCUCCCUUCACUGUUUUCAGAGCGUGAUCCCGGUGGAGGCCUACACACGAGAAGCCUGCAUGGUGGAUGCCAUUGGUUUGCCACGAUUAACAAACAUAAAAAGAGGUGACUUCUAUGGUCCUGCCACAUCAUGGUCCAGGCGGGAUCGCCAGAGGUUUGGGGUGUACCUUUUGAAAAAGGCUCUACAAAUAUUUCUGGGAGAGGGAGAAAGACAAAUCUCUCCAGUAGACAUAAGAAAAUGAAGUUUUAAAACAUUUGGUACAGUUGAAAUUGGAAUCCAUUAAGAUCCAGAAUCCUUUCGGUAUAAAUAUGAAUUCCAGUUUCUAUUGUAAGAGGAUCUGGGAUUUUACUGGAUUUCUGUUUGUACUAAAACAUAUAUGUCUACAGUGUACAAUGUAUAUUUAGGAAAUAUGUAUUAAAAAUAGAAUUGGAUGCAGCUCUGGUUCACAAAUAUUUUAUAAGGAAGAGGGCAGCUUAAAGACUGGAACUGCAUACCAUUUUAUCUAAUAGGUCUGUGUUGUUCAGUGAAUGUUUGUGAAAUGUGCACAGAAAACAUAUCUGGCUUUACUUACAUGUACCAUUUGACUGUUGUAUGAGGUCUUGCUAUUGUGAAAGAUUUUCUGCUGGUUGUAACAGGGUAAAUGUACAUCUAUGUUGUAGAACUUGUGACAGUAUAACUGUUUAUCUCUUGACUAUUUUGUACAUCUGAUGUCAUAUUUGUGAUAUUGUGUUAUUGUUGUGAAUGUAUUAUAUAUGUAUUGACCUUUACAUGAAUAAUUAAGUUCAGUUUUUCCUGUGUACUGAUGCAUUGUAUUUUGGAAGCCAAAGUACUGUAUUUGUUUUUGUAUUGUAUCAAUCUGUCGUUUCUGAUAUUUAUGUGUACAUUUAUCUCUCUGCUGUAUAGAUGUUUAUAUUGCUGAUGUUUUAUUUGUGAAGUCAUUAUUUUAAUAAAAAUUUCAUGAGAUUAUGAAUCCAUGAAAAUUUACUUCUCUUACCGGUAAUACUUAUGUGUAUUAGUAAAACGUCGCUUUUGAAAAUGAACUCUUCAAGAUAAUUUCCAAAUUUAAUAAAGAGUUCAUAAAAACAAUUGUAUGAAAUUUCAAUGUUAUAUUCUUUGAAGUUAUUUUAUCGUAAAACUUGUUUAUUUUAAAAAUUGAAUCAGUCCGUACAAAUAAAUUUUACAGAAAUACAAAUUUUACAGUGUACAGCGAGUGUAUUGUUAAUCAAUAUAAAUUGCUUAUAGAGGGGAAUAUAUCAGUUUUGAAUGUAAUGCAGUAGUUGUGUGUGUUUUUAUGCUGCAUCUUUUGUUGCUUUAUGUAGAUUCUAUGUUCCUUUGUUGUUUUAUGGAUGAAAAAUGUUUAAUCUGAAUGUUAAUUGUUUUGUUAUGCUUGGUAUGUGUGCAGUCUGAUACCGGUAGCAGAAUGUAUUCAAUAAAUUUUCUGGUAUAUUCCUACGUUAA